GACACUGGUCAGACAGGUGUUUGGGAUUCCAAUGGGGAAGUCAAUAAGUCCGGUAUAGGCCUCGAUUACAUGUGCGAUGGCCGAACUACGGUUUCUGAAGGAACUCGGUUACGAUAGGAGGCUGGUGGGUGGAUUGCGGAUACAAGACGACAUUACGGUAGUGGUUGGCAUCACGGAUGAGACCGAGGACGAAGGAUACCAGGAACAGUUAUUCAAGAGAUUCGAGAAGAUCUACUACAGACAUCUCGAGAUCGUUCGAAAGGACGACUGUGGUUUCACAUGGGACUUCAUGGGAAGCCACAUGAUAGUGAGUAGCAGACCUCUGCUACUGCACUAUACGCCGGUAAGCAAGAAUACCGAGUCACUGAACAAUGAGGGAAGACUGAUCUUCCAGACUAUGCAGGAUUACGAAUCGUACUCAGCUAAAGCAGUGAAGAAGGCGGUGUUGACUGCUACACUUAAGAGGGUAUGGGACCACACGUUGAGCAAACAACUGGUACUGGGAGCCAUGGGCUUCGCGAUAUGCGAAGCAGACCUCCGGGGCUACCCCCCAGAGGUCUCUCUCGGUGCUUUGGUCAAUUUGACCAAGGCUGUGCCAACACAGGCACUGAGAACUUUACUUUCAGCUAUGAGGGUGUCGGCAGACUGGGUGAAAGGGAUAAGGAGGGAACGGGGUACGGACCAGGCCACCGAUAGAUAAGGGUAGGGGUUCCGAAGGGCCACAGGCCCACAGGGAGAUAGAAGGGGGCGGAAAAAUUGACUGAUAAAACCAAAUAGUCUCA